AUGGAGGCGCUGGCGAAGUCCGGUUUGCACACGACGCUGUGGUUGGCCCGACAGGAUGGCGUACUGGAGGUGCGUAGCAUGGCGAACCACAAUCAGGUGCUGGCCAGCCUUCCUCUCCGUGACAUGCGAGUCGUCAUCACCUCCCUGACAGAGGUCUGCGGCAAUCGCGUCGUCGCCGGAUACACGGACGGUUCGCUGCGCGUCUACGAUGCCGUCACGAUGAAGCAAACGGCGGAGCAUCAUGUACAUACGGCUGCCGUGACGUGUCUGCUCUACGUGCGCAGCGCCCCGCGCCUCUCCUUGCCCACCACUAUUGAUACAGAGCCGCACGACAAGCGUGGGUCAGCACCAACCCAGUCACUGUUGCUCACGGGCUCACUCGACCGCUUUAUUGUGGUUUGGGAGGCCGCGAGCAUGUGUUGCCUGCACAAACUGAAGGGAAGCUUGCGCAGCAUCUGCGCACUUGCGGCGACCGCCACUGGUGGGUACGCUUUCAGCGGCUCGGACGACGGGACGCUGCGCAUGUGGGACGUCGUACAAGGCGACCAGCUGACGAUUACGAAAGAGGAGCGCGCUAAUCUUGCGAAAAGCGGCAGUGGCGUGAAUUCGUCCAUACCUGCCCCGCCGCCGCCCUCGCAGCAGCAGCAGCAGCAGCUAGCGCCGGCAUCGGCCGCUGUCCCUGCGGCGGCGGCGGGGCAGUCACGCAGUUCGGUGUCUUUCCGUGCCUUGCACGACGUUCAGGCUCAGUCGGACCGGAUGGCGAGCGUCAGCACACCCACAGCUCACUCGUCAUGCGUCGUCCAGUAUUCGUUGCUGGCCUCGGUGUCGGCGAGUGCCAGCAGCUUUGCGGCCUCCGGCCCGUCUCCUCUUUCGAUUUCCCCAGCUGUGGCAAGCAGUCGUCACCACCGCUCCCUGGAGCACUACAGCGCUAUCAAGAAAAGCCCCCUAGACAACUGCGCCGGUGCUCGCGGAGCGCCCGUUGCCAUACGUGGCACUCAUCCCCUAACUCUCCCCGCUGACGAUAGUGGUCGUGUGUCAUCCUUGCCCUUGCACUCUCUGUCGUCGUCUCCCUUGAUGCCCUCGGCGGUGGUUACGUCCGUUGCGCCGGCGGGGACGGGCAUGUUAUCCAGUCCGUUUCGUGAGGGCGGUAUGUUGGUGGGCCCUAAGGGCGGUACCGCACCGCUGCACCGUGGCUUGGAGCGGGAGGCAGAGGCAAGGUACGAAGACAACGAGGAGGCAAUGACCGACUCGGGCACGGCGGCGGACUGUCACCACGGUGAUGCUGCCAGGUGCCCCUCUGCAAAGCGGCGCACGCUGCGCAGUCUCAAGAGCGACAUAAAAAAGCGGGCGAAGGGCCUCCAUGCAAAGCGGCGUGUCGCGAUCCUCUCGAGCAUCAGCGGGAGGGAGUCGGAAGGGACCAAGACGAAAAGCGCAUCCGCCUCCCCGGUCGCCGCCAAGUCGAUGAAGCGCAAGAAGAGGGCACCGAAAAAAGUCACGAAGAGUACGACAUUGGCGACGGAGUCGACACCGGUGCUCACGCGGAAGCUUUCGAACCUGUUGGAGCAGCGACUGGAAUCGUGGCUGAACCUGUACCAGCAACGCGUGCUGCUCUCGGCGACGUCCAUGCGGCUUACGCAGCUCAUAUCUGCCGGGUAUGACGCGGUCGCCGCGGUCAAUUGGCCAAUCGAGUGCGCCCACACUGAGUGUGUGACAGCACUCACAGUGGUUGAGGACCGCCUACUCGUGAGCGCCUCGCGCGAUGCCACGGCAAAGGUGUUUGCCCUACCUUCUGGCCAGUACGUUCGUACAUUGUCUUCGUCGCGCCGCAUGCCGCUCUCGAGCGUGCUCUAUGACGCUAGCGUUCGGCGCCUCUACACCGCCUUCUCAGACGGCGGUGUCGCUGUGUACGACACCCGCUGCGCAGACUUGCCACUGCUCUCCCAGCUGCUGUCGCCGCACGCGAUGCUCGCCUCCACUUUUGUGCUGCUUCGCACGGAGCCGAUGCGGCGCUUUGUGUGGGCUGCCGCCGCGCAGGGAGAGGGGGCGUGUGGGACGUCACCCAACGGCGACAGCCUAUCGUCGGUUGUUGUGGGCGCUGCUUAUUUUGACAGGACCACCAUGGCACAUGGUCCCAACCAGACCUCUACGAGCUACCGUGUGGGCCAGCCGUCGCUGCGCGAGUUGAACGCGGCCGUUUCGCUGCAGCAGCUACAGCAGCAGCGGGCACUUCACCUUACCAAACAGGCGAAGCAGUCAGCUAAUGGAGCGCUUGAAGAAAUGGAGUUGGCGGGCAUUCGUCGCUGUAGCUUCGUGGCGGCGCGUGCGCACAUACGCCGGCAAGCGUACUGCGUCUUUGUGCGUUGGCGGCAGUGGGCCUGGCGCCGUGCGCUGAGCUCGAAGUUCGAGGGUGCCGUUGCGGCACGAGCGGAGAGCUGCGUAGUAGCGCUACUCGGCCGCUACGCGCAACGGUGGCUGAACUGGACGCGUGCGCAGAAGAAGAAAUCUGUAAGCGAGGUGCUGCGGGAGGUGCAAUUGCGGGCAAGUGAGGUGGUGCUGCUCGCCGUCCGAAGCGAGGUGCGUGAGGGGCAUCGACACGUGUGGUCGUCGAUGGCCAAUAUCAUGGAGAGGCAACAACAGAUUGCUUUACUCGUCUGUGCGUACAGCCGCUGGCGUGAGUUCCUACGAGCCCAACAGACGCAUCUGCGUCAGUCCGUGGCGUUCAACAAGUUGCUCUUGUCGAUGAACGCCAGUUCCUACACCCCAAGCAGCUAUACCUUGACUCAAAUCACACGAAAGGCGGCGCGUAGUGCAAACCAGGCGAAAGCGCUGUGGAUUUUGAUGAAGAAGACUCAAAGCAGUCAGGCACACGCGAGCCUGCACCGCUGCUUUGACUUGUGGUGUGCGUGGGCUCGACAGCAUCGGCGCGCUGCCGCCCUGGCAGCGGAGAGUCGAGAAUGGGGUGCGGUAGAGCCGCUCUCAGCGACGCUGAUUCAGCCACGGCAGCUGCGCCGUCGCUACUUUGCGCUGUGGCAGGACUUUACCCUGUACGUGACACGCAGCGAGCGACUCUCUAGCGAGCGUAACACACUGGAGGUGGAGUGGGCCGCACUGCAGAAAGCGAUAGAGACGCCAAUGAAGGUGGGUAAAAUGCAGGAAAUGCUGAGCGCCGCGGAGUCCUCCACGGCUGAUGCGGAGGCAGAGUCGAAGCGACUGGCAGCACGCCUAGAGACAGUGUCGAGUGAGGCGGUCACACUGCGUACCGAGGCAGCGUUGAACUUGCUUAUCGCCGGCUACCGCAUCCCAAGUGUGGUGCACGCGACAGCCCAGCCACGGCCACCCACAGGAUCCGUGGCGACAGAGGCGUCGUCCACGGCCUCGCUGCACCGCGGCUCGGUCGCGUCGUCUAUGUCAACGCUGCUGUCGAACAGUGGCUGCUGCGGUGGUGCGAUGGUCUGGAGCCACUCGUCAAGCUUUGCAGAUGUCGACUGGACAGAGGAAGAACGCGCGCACCGGCAGGAGGAGGAUAAACUGCUGUUUGAAGUAAGUGCUGUGCUGCGCGCACUCAAGGGAAAAGCCAUGCAGUACGACCGCGAUGACAAACUGCUCUCCACCGCGCAUGCGCUCGCGCUGCGGCUGCCCAUCUACGAACCUGCCCACCGCGCGCAGACAAGCACCGAGGUCAACCCGGGCCAACACUCGCGGCUGUCCUCCCAACCGCAGCGGAUGUCUCGCACGCUGUCGGCGUGGUCUGUCUCAAACGUAAAGAGCGGCGGGUCGACGACUGUGUCGAGACUUUCGCCGUCCUCGCAGAAGGGGAAUCGGGCGACUUCCUUCGCUGCUGGACCAACCGGCAGCGCAUCACCUUCCUUAGCCACCGUUGGCCUGUCGAUGAUGUCGUCUACGGCGCGCAACGUCACCAGCGCGGCGCAGAUGUGGGCCGCUCAACCGGCGGAGGUGACGUACGCGUGUCUAGCGGACGCCUUCACCGCUGUCUACGCCAAGCUGAGUGGGCUCUUGCACGCUGCUGCACUGGAGUGCGGUGUGGCGAAUGUGACUAGUCUCAGUACGCCAACGCGGAUGGCCAGUGGCACGCCGGGGUCUGCUACAGGAGACGAUUCAACGAUUUUUGUUCCUACUUCGUGGCUCACGCAGGUGCCGCUGAAGCAGCGCCGUGUCAUGAUGGGCGAGGUACUGAAACUUGUGACGCUGUUCGACAGCUUCACGGCGCACAACGACCUUCCUGUGGAGUGCGCCGGAAGCAUCUCGACGCGUGGGAACACCAGCUUCCGUUCUAUGCCGCUCUGCAGCUUGUGCAGUCGCGAUACCGCCAUCGCAUUGUUGGAGCACGCCUCGGUGUUGCUGGAACUUGUGGACCCACACUUGUGGCCUCGCCAGAUUAAGCUAAACAACCUGCAAGACGCCUACGCUGCCGCGAUUGCAGAGCUGAACCCCACCGUCUCCUCGGUGGGCUUCAGCGGCGCCGCUCCGCACAACACGACCGUCAUCACUCCCAAUAACGCGGGGAGCGGCGAGCCGCGCUCAUCGCUGGAACCGGCGCCGCUGAUGAUGCAACCCCUCGGGCUGUGUCUUUCCGAUGAGGCGCUACAAGACGCGACGACGCCGAGCAUAACACAAUCGUUCGGGCCAUUGUCCACUGAGCGACGAACCAACCGCUCUGCCUCGAGCGUGCAUAAUGAACCAACGCAGAUGACGCCGCUCGGCUCGGUGCUAGAUGGCUACGUGCCCGCGCGUGUGUACAGCGCCGACGAGCGGCUGAGCAGCACACUGAAGAGUUUGGAGGGGGAGGGGGCCACGCCAAGGACGGAACCGCAGCACCUACGCCACCACAGCUUUUCCCAGCGCUCGUACUCUGGCAUGUCGACUCCGCGCUCCUAUACCCCACGCACCGCAACACCUUUGGUGGCGGGGACGGGCUCGAAUACUCUGCUGGUGAAACCCUACUUAGGCUUCCGCGUCAACGUGGACCGUGACACGCAGACGAUGCGGUGCACAACGAUUAGCAUCCGUGAGGUGACCCCGCAAUACGUCAACGCCGAGGGCGCGGACGUUGACGGCCCAGCGCAGGUUGCUGGUCUGAAGGUAGGCGACCAACUCCUGCGCUUUGCUGGGUACACGGUGACUGACCUUGCCGCCUUUAACGCAGUCGUGUCGCGUCACGUGCACACCGGUGCGGAGCUGCCCGUUGUAAUCCUGCGAAGCGGCGAGCAGCUCUGUAAGACGAUUGUGGUGGGGAGCCGCACUGCUGCUGGUGGCUAA